UCAGUUGCUGAGUAAACGUUGAUGUAGAAUUAAAGUGAAUGUUAGAAGGCAUUUUAAAUAAUUGCGAAAAAUUAUUUACAUAUAAUUUUACUAUGUAACGUCUUGAUGCAAAUAAAUCAAAUAAUUAAAAUGAGAUAUAUGCAAAAACAACAGUAAUUUUAGUAAUUGCGUGGAAUAUUAUAUAGUGAAUUUGUGAUAGCUUGUUGUGAUAAAUAAUUGAAUUGAAAUUGAUAAAUUCGAAUAAAGCAAAAUAAAAAGAAGAUUAAAAAUAGCAUACAUACAUAUCUACAUACGCACACUGUUUAAAGAAGAAAAAUAAAAUACAAGUGAAGUUCCCCGACCCAUUGCGUGUCUCUGUUUGCUCGCAAAAAAAAAAGAAAAAAUAACUAAUAUAAAAACACAAUAAAACAAGUACAAAUAUAAAAAUAAAAAUAUCAACCUCUGCAAAAUGCGAUUAUCCAAUAGGGGAAAAUCCACACAAUUUAGCACGCUUCAAUGGCCAUUUUUCUUUGCCUUUGUCGCUGCGUUAUUUUCGACAGCCACAGCGCAGGCUCGCUGUAACAAUCCGAAUCGUAAAAUAGGUUAUUGUGUCUCAAUAUACGAAUGUCCUAGUCUUAUUGAAGUGGUGCGACGCUACGACCUCGCACCAAGAGAUCGUGAAUUUCUGCAAAAAUCCCAAUGUACCAAUGGUUAUGGCCAGUCACCGUAUGUCUGUUGUACGCCUGAUAAAGGUUUCACAUCGUCGAAUGAUGGCUCAAAUCCAAUGCCCGUCACAAGCACUACGACAACACGUCGUCCGUCUAUUGUCAAACCACCAUCACCGAGCAAUGGCAAAGGCAAUGUGCUACCGGUGCCGCCUGCUUGCGGUCCAAAUUCAUUGGAUAAUAAAAUUUACAAUGGCAAAGACACGCCACUGGAUCAAUAUCCCUGGAUGGUGCUGCUUGAAUAUACACAAAAAAAUGGGAAGCCCAUACUCAAUUGUGGCGGCAGCUUGAUAAAUCAACGCUAUGUGCUGACAGCGGGGCACUGUGUUGUGGGAGCCAUUGAAACGGAAGUUGGUCCACUCUCCACCAUUCAUCUGGGCGAGUAUGAUAUUAGUACAGAAAUCGAUUGCAUACAAGAGGACUGCAACAAAGAAGUUGUAAAAUUGGGAUACGAACAGGUGAUACCGCAUCCACAGUACCAGCCCAACAACAAUAACCGUCAUCAUGAUAUUGCGCUGAUACGAAUGGCAGAGGACGUGACAUAUACGGAUUUCAUUAGGCCAGUUUGCUUGCCGAUGGCGAGCAGCCGUCAGGCCAUAAACGUGGGUGAGCUGCUCACAGUAGCAGGUUGGGGGCGCACAUUACUGGCACGUCAGAGCAAUGUGAAGCAGGAAUUGGCCGUACCGGUUGUGGAUCACGAUGAAUGUGCACGUAAAUUUUCAUCACGAAAUGUCAAUCUGAUUACAUCGCAGCUCUGUGCGGGCGGUGAAUUUUCCAAGGAUAGUUGUGAUGGUGAUUCUGGUGGUCCACUGAUGCGUCAAAGUGACCGAAAUCGUUGGUACCUAGAGGGUGUUGUAUCUUUUGGCAAUCGUUGCGGUCUGGAGGGUUGGCCUGCGGUAUAUACACGUGUUGCUGAUUAUGUAGAUUGGAUUGAGCAGACUCUGAGGCCGUAGAUUAUGCAGUGUGAUGGGUAAAGCAGGGCAACAAGACGGCGGUCAAUAUGCUUUGCUGCUGCGAUUGGUAUAAGUUGUAAAUGUAUGUAGUCUGUCGUUUUGCAUUUACGGCUUAUUGAAAUGUCAGUUGUUAAUAAGAUAAACAUAAAUAUGUAUUUAAGUUUGUAGUAAAAAUGAAUUAAAAAAUGUUAAAUCAAUAAAAAUUGAAUGAGUAUUGUGCGAAGCAAUUA